CUUUCUUGUACGUUGCACGUAGCGGGUAGUCAUAGAAUUGUGCGCUCUGCGUCCACCAUGAUAUCGGCACUGUUUGUUUUUAUCAUAUCCGGAACCAGCCAUGCUCAUACUUUCCCAGAAAUGCGAAAAUCUGGAACGUACUUGACAGUAUCGUCCUUCAGUGGGCUUGAGAAGCACGGCUACUUCGAGCUGAACUGGUUUGGCAUACAGCAGGAUUACAUAGGAAAAACAUUUGCCAUUCUCUCAAGAUACAACCCGCCAAGAGUUGUUUCCGACAUCCUCUGCCUGUGGACUAUCAAAACUUCUUCCGGUAGACACGAAACUAGCGUUUUAGCACCAAACUUCAACGUCAGCACACUGAUGAGAGGAGAGUGCCUCGGAUACUGGGCACUCAUCGUGCAAAACGAAAAUACUCAAGAAAAAGGAAGGGCGUUGGAACUUGGAAGGCAGAAAGCAAGCUGGAACAUGAAAAAAGGAGGAUACAACACGACCAUUCUCCAUCUUACUCAGCUUAUCAGCUGUUUUAAGAAGCACAUUUCGUCAUCGAAGGGAUCAAAUCUCAAAUGCUUCGAAGUACUGCACUCGUCGUGCUUCACACCGAAGCCCCGGUGGAUGCGAGAAAACUACUCCGCACUCUCAUCACUAAGUUUAAUGGACAUGCUCAUUCCUGGAACGCACGAUGCCGGGAUGUACAACCAAGGCAUCACGCUUCCACACGAAAAGCACAUGUACACUCAAGACCAAACGAUAAAGCAGCAGCUAGCCUAUGGCAUUCGUUCCCUGGAUCUGAGGGUGCAAUAUUCCAGUGGCCAGUUUUAUAUUACCCAUGAUAGGGUGCGAGGAUGGCCAACCGUAAUCCAGGUACUCAGGGAGGUCCGCGAGUUUGUGGAAGAGACCGAACGCAGCUCUUAGGCGCCCGUUCCUGCGGCGCGCGUCGGCGUCUCACGUAACCGAGUGAAGAGCGUAGCGGGAUAUGAAAGACGGCGAUAGCGAAGAGAGCGCGAGGUGGAAAGCGGAGGAGGAGGGCAUGGCGAAAGCGGGAGCCGUCUGCGGCGGCUGCAGUGAAUAGCACCCUCGUGUCACCCACUAGCCGCCUCUCGCGAUCUCCCGGUUAGCGAGACAGUCGCGCCACACUUCGCUCCGUUUGCAACGUGCCGCACGGGACAGGUUGUCCGAGCUCGAUCCAAAUAGGUCGCGAAGUUGUGGGAGAAAAGCGGUUCAGAACGAAUUGUCACCGACACCAGCAAGGGUGGUUAUGGGAGCAGCGAUUGAAGCGCGACUAUGUUUGGAGGGAAGAAAGAUUGGGAAAGAAAAAAGAGUGUUUUUUAAUUAAAGCAAACAGCUGAACUUUUCAUGCAUCGCUUUCCCCGCUGAAAGCUCGAAACUCCUAUCAAGUCGAAUGGCGGGGCAUUUGAAUAUGCAGCUAUAAAUGCAGGCCUCUGAAAACAAAUUUCGCGCCUCU